GGAGUAGGUACCUACCUACCUACCUAAGUACCCAUGCACCCAUGAACCCAUGCCACCUACCUAAUCUACAUUAGUUUCGACAUCUCCAACAUUCCCAGGUACGUCUUUUUCUCUUCUUGUCUACACACACUAUGCUGGGCAUAGGGAGAAGAUGUCGGCAACACGCAUUAGUGAACCAGGGUCAAUUCAGACCAGGUCUGGAGCUGGCCACAAUGGACUCUCUGACUCCUCACCCACUCUCCCAGAAUCGACUCAGUCGAUUCAGUUGGUAGGAGGCGACGAUGAGUCUGGACUGGAGCGUAUCGUGACUCCUUCAAACGCCCAACCAGCGAUGCGACCGGUUUCGCGACGUCGACAGAUUACCAUCUUGCUGUGUGCCUUUUCGGACGUCUUCGUCACCAUCGGCCUGAACCAGGCGUACGGUGUCUUCCUUCAACACUACCUCACCGAUGGCAGCAGUCCUGUCGAUCCUUUUCUGGCCCCUAGCGAAGUCUCCAACAAGGCCAUGGUUGCCUUUGUGGGUACCGCAGGUGCUGGGCUGACCUGGGGAGGUUCCAUUUUCGUCAAUCCCCUCAUGGCCAGGUCCAAAGAUCCUCGAUAUGUCACCAUAGCUGGUGCUAUCCUGAUUGGCUUGGGCUACAUCCUUGCCAGUUUUUGUCACAAGAUCUGGCAACUUCUUCUCACUCAAGGGAUCAUUUAUGGUGUCGGGACCUGCCUACUCUACUUCCCCGUUGUGGCUGUGGCUCCAGAAUAUUUCGACGCUCAUCGAGGCUCUGCCAUGGGAUUCAUCCUGUCGGCCGCUGGAUUGGGCGGGUUGACGUAUGCACCCGUGACCAGGGUCCUUUUGCACAGGACGGGAGCAGCCUGGACGUUACGUAUACUGGGAAUCGUCAACCUCGGAAUAUCCAUCCCAGUCGCUCUGGCCACACCACCCUCUCGUAGUCUAUCCCGGCGAGCAACCUUGGUCGAUAUUAAAAUAGCAAGGAAGGGAACAUUUAUACUACAGGCGUUGGCGGCAAUGGCCCAAGCCGCUGGUAACUUUGUCCCGCUGACUUUCUUGCCUGAAUACAGCACGAGGCUUGGGUAUACUGCUGCUUUUGGUGCGGCACUGCUUGCCAUCAACAACGCCGUGAACUCGGCCAGCCGUCUGGGUAUGGGCUUUGUCGCCGAUAUCGCAGGUCGGCAGAACACGUUAGUGCUUAGUGUGCUUGGAAGUGCCAUCACUGUCGUUGCCUUUUGGCUGUCAAGUGCCCACGCCGAUGACAUGGCGCUAUGGGUUACCUUUGUCGUGACAUAUGGCAUCUUUGCUGGAGGCUACAAUUCGUUGUUCCCCGUGACUGUCAUAGAGGUCUUUGGAACCCAGGCAUACGCAUCAGUCAAUGGGUUCAUCUACUUUAUACGAGGAUUGGGGGCUCUUUGGGGAUCUCCAGUUGGUGGUGUCCUUGUAACAGAGGGAUCCCAACCAACUGCCUAUCUUCCCGUCAUCUGGUAUGACUUUGCCUUACUCAUGUUGUCGAGUGUUUGUGUCAUAGGAGUGAGGGCGUUGGAUGCUGUAGAUAAAGGACAGUUCAGACUCAAAGCCUAAGCGGAUGUGGUUGUUGGACAUAGGUUGCAAUAUAGGUGAGGUAGGUAGUCAAAUCACACAGUCUUCUCCAGGCUUCAAGCAUUGGGUAUUCGGCAGCCGUUAAACCGCCCAGUUCAAGCCUGGAGAACACCGC